AUGGACAAAAUACGGAAUAUCGGCAUUCUAGCACACAUUGAUGCAGGCAAAACUACAACGACAGAACGAAUGCUUUUCUACUCUGGAACUAUCAGAUCCAUGGGAGAAGUGCAUCAUGGUAAUACCGUUACUGAUUACAUGGAGCAAGAAAGGCAAAGAGGCAUAACUAUCACUUCCGCAGCAGUUUCAUUUCCGUGGAAUGGGUAUCAAAUUAAUUUAAUAGAUACACCUGGACACAUUGACUUUACAAUGGAGGUGGAGCAGAGCUUGGCAGUAUUAGAUGGAGGGGUUGUUGUAAUGGAUGCUUCAGCUGGGGUGGAAGCUCAAACAUUGACCGUGUGGCGGCAAUCAAAUGGCUACCACGUACCACGGAUAAUAUAUCUCAAUAAGAUGGACAGAGCCGAUGCUGAUGUACAAGUCUGUGAACAAUCAAUUAGAGAUAAGCUUAGAGUAACACCAUUGAUGUUGCAUGCUCCAGUAGUACAUGACGGAAAACUAGUUGGUCUAAUAGAUUUAGUGUCUCUAGAAGAAGUAGUGUGGAGCUCUGGUCGUGGACAAAAUUACACACGACGAAAGCUUACUGAAUCUACUGAUGGAAAUAAAUGGGAAUUGGCAACAUCUGAUCAUAGACAACUCAUAGACACACUCUCCUCAUUAGAUGACGAGUUAGCUGAAAUAAUCAUACAACAAGAAACAUUGGACAAUUUUGCUCCCAAAGAUAUCAUAAAUGCUAUAAGACGGUGUACUUUGAAAAUGACAGCGUAUCCAGUGUUAUGCGGCAGUUCAUAUAAAAAUAUUGGUGUUCAGACUCUGAUGGAUGGAGUGAUAUCUUACUUACCAAAUCCUAUGGAAGGUAGUAAGUUACAGAAGAGUUUUGGUGGAGAUUUGUGCGCUCGGGCAUUUAAAGUACAACAUGAUGAUCAAAGAGGUGUGUUGACGUUCUUUAGACUAUACGGCGGAGAGUUUACUAAAGCGCAGAAGAUCUACAACAUUGCCAGAGAUAUAAGUGAACAGACAGGCGCCCUAUAUGUUGCGUUGGCAGACGAAUAUAAGCCUGUAGAUGUAGUGACAGCGGGCAACAUUGCUGUCGUGAGUUCAUUAAAAGCAACAAUGACAGGAGAUCUUAUAACUUCAACAAAUUCUGCAGCCAGUCGCGCCAAGUCGAGGCUAAGAGAAGUACUAAAGAAUCCUAAACAAAUUGAAGAAUUGUUAGUGCCUAGUGCCAAACAACGAUUGCAGACUAUCGAAGAUCCUACUAUAGACGAUAUAGCUGACUUAUUGUUGGGAAUUGGUACCAUGAUCCCAGAUCCUGUAUUUCUGUGCUCAAUAGAACCACCGAGCGUGGCGUACCAGACGGCUUUGGAGACGGCUCUAGAGGAAUUGCAGAGGGAAGACCCUAGUCUUCGUGUCUCUAGUGAUGAAGAGACUGGGCAGAUGGUGUUAGCUGGUAUGGGCGAGCUUCACUUGGAAAUAAUAAAGGAACGAAUCAUUCGUGAAUAUAAAAUAGAUGUCGAACUGGGCCCGCCUCAGAUAGCGUACAAAGAGGCUCUUCUUGGUACUUCGAAGUAUACGCAGAGUGUCGAUCGAAAGAUCGGCAGCGCGAGGCAACAAGUGAAAAUCAUUUUGUCCGCCAAAACGGUUAAGGGUGUUGCACAGGACAAAAUUUUGAAAUUCGACAAAACAGCUGAGAGCGCGGCUAACUUAUCCCAUAUUCACCCUCGGUACGAGCAGGCGAUUUUACGUGGCGUUCAAACAGCAAUUAUGCAUGGACCUAAGCUUGGCUGUCCGGUAGUAGAUGUACAAGCGACUCUACACUGGCUUGAAGUCGGCCGCGGUACGUCAGAUACAGCUGUGACAGCUGCAACUGUACAAUGUCUUCGGAAGGUCUUUGAGUUGAGUGGUAGUACACUGCUGGAACCUGUUAUGUCGCUGCAGAUUGUUGUUCCAGAAAGCCACUCGUCCCGAGUAAUGGCUGACCUGGCGAGGCGACGUGCUGAUAUUCAGCAUAUACACUUACGACAUGAAAAUAAGGUCAUAGACUGUAUAGCUCCUCUAUCAGAACUGGUAGGCUAUUCUUCAACUCUUCGCUCACUCAGUUCGGGCCUAGCUACAUUCACUAUGGAGUUCCAUUCCAAUCGACAAAUGGUGCCGUACGACGAAGAAAAGGCCAUUAGGUCUAUUACUGGGUUUUAG